CUCUCUCUCGUCCACCUAGACCCUGGCCAGUCACCAGCUCCCCCUGCCUCGGCGUCCCCACCCUCUGCACCCUAAGCUGCACCCCGGCGGCCGGCGCGGGGCCGCGGACCCGGCUGGAGAUGCGAAUCCUGCAGCGCUUCGUCGCGUGCGUCCAGCUCCUGUGCGUGUGUCGCCUGGACUGGGCUUAUGGAUACUACAGACAACAGAGAAAACUUGUUGAAGAGAUUGGCUGGUCCUAUACAGGUGCACUAAAUCAAAAAAACUGGGGAAAGAAAUAUCCAAUAUGUAAUAGCCCAAAGCAGUCUCCUAUUAAUAUUGAUGAAGAUCUUACACAAGUCAAUGUGAAUCUUAAGAAACUGAAAUUUCAGGGCUGGGAAAAAGCAUCUUUGGAAGACACGUUCAUUCACAACACUGGGAAAACAGUGGAAAUAAAUCUCACUAAUGACUACUAUCUCAGUGGAGGACUUUCAGAAAAGAUAUUCAAGGCAAGCAAAAUAACUUUUCACUGGGGAAAAUGCAAUGUGUCUUCUGAAGGAUCAGAGCACAGUUUAGAAGGACAGAAGUUCCCGCUUGAGAUGCAAGUGUACUGCUUUGAUGUGGACCGAUUUUCAAGUUUUGAGGAAGCAGUUAAAGGAAAAGGGAGGUUAAGGGCUUUAUCCAUCUUAUUCGAGGUUGGAAUUGAAGAAAAUUUGGAUUACAAAGCCAUUAUUGAUGGAAUCGAGAGUGUUAGUCGUUUCGGGAAGCAGGCUGCCUUGGAUCCGUUCAUCCCGCAGAACCUUCUGCCAAACUCCACUGACAAAUAUUACAUUUACAACGGCUCAUUGACAUCUCCUCCCUGCACAGACACCGUUGAAUGGAUCAUUUUUAAGGAUACAGUUAGCAUCUCUGAAAGCCAGCUGGCUGUAUUUUGUGAAGUUCUCACAAUGCAACAGUCUGGCUAUGUCAUGUUGAUGGAUUACUUACAAAACAAUUUCCGAGAACAACAGUACAAGUUUUCCAGGCAGGUGUUUUCCUCAUAUACUGGAAAGGAAGAGAUUCAUGAAGCAGUGUGUAGUUCAGAACCAGAAAAUGUGCAGGCUGACCCUGAAAAUUACACCAGCCUUCUGGUCACAUGGGAGAGACCUCGAGUUGUUUAUGACACCAUGAUUGAGAAGUUUGCGGUGCUGUACCAACCACUGGAGGGAAAUGACCAAACCAAGCAUGAGUUUUUAACAGAUGGCUAUCAGGACUUGGGUGCUAUUCUCAAUAACUUACUACCUAACAUGAGUUACGUUCUUCAAAUAGUGGCCAUAUGUACCAAUGGCUUAUAUGGAAAAUACAGUGACCAACUGAUAGUUGACAUGCCUACUGAGGAUGCUGAACUUGACCUUUUUCCUGAAUUAAUUGGAACUGAAGAAAUAAUCAAGGAGAAAGAAUAUGGAAAAGACAAUGAGAAAGACACUGGCUUGAAUCCCAGCAGAGACAGUGCCACAAACCAAAUAAGGAAAAAGGAACCCCAGGUUUCCACCACAACUCACUACAAUCACAUGGGGACUAAAUAUAAUGAAGCCAAGACUAACCGGUCUCCAACGAGAGGAAGUGAAUUCUCUGCGAAGAGCGAUAUUCUCAACAUAUCUCUGGGUUCCAAUUCCCAACAGGUUGCCGAAUUUGAUACAGAAAAAGAAAUUUCCUUGCCUUCUCAGACUGGAACUAAACUGCCACCAUUCAGUGUGGGAGGUACUUCAGCCUCCUCAAACAGCAGAUCUAAAAGUCUGUCUGUCUUCCCACAGAUGAACUUGUCUGGGACUGCAGAAUCCUUAAACACGGUUUCCGUAACAGAGUACCAAGAGGUGUCUACUGGCAUCAGUGAGGAAGAAAACUUACUGACGGAUUUCAAGCUCGAUGCAGGAGGCGAUGAUUCUUCGGGUUCCAGUCCUGCAACCUCUGCGGUGCCCUUUUUCCUGGAUAAUGUAUCCCAGGGAUACAUAUCUGCUUCAGAAGUGCCUGAGGCGAUCACGUAUGAAGUCCUUAAGCCAGGAUCUACAGAGAACGCUUCAGAAGAUUCAGCUCCAUCCGGCGCAGAAGAAUCGCUGAAGGACCCUUCUGUUGAUGGGAGCAUGUGGUUUCCUGGCUCCACAGAUCUAACAACCCAGUCUGAGCCUGGGUCCGGCAGAGAGGGCUUUCUCCAGGAUAACGCCACACACGUACAGACUGAGGCAUCUAGGGAGACCACCGAGGCCUUUUCCCCAGACGCCACCAUGUCGCAGCGUUCUUCAGUCACAGAGAUGGAGAUGCCAUCGUAUUCUACCUUUGCCUACGCCCCAACUGAAGUAACGCCACGUGCUUUCACUCUGCCCUCCAGACCGGUCGAUUUGGCUCCCACUAUCGACGUGCUCCAUCCGCAGACAACUCAGCCGGUGUACAAUGGUGAGGCGCCUCUUCAACCUUCCUACAGUAGUGAGGUCUCUCCUCUAGUCACCCCUUUGUUGCUUGACAAUCAGACCCUCAACACUCCCCCCGCUGCUUCGAGUAGUGAUUCGGCCUUGCAUGCUACGCCUGUGUUUCCCAGUGUUGGUGUGUCCUUUGAAUCCAUCCUGUCUUCCUGUGAUGGUGCAGCUCUGCCCCCAUUCUCCUCUGCUUCCUUCAGUAGUGAACUGUUUCACCAUCCGCACACGGCUUCUCAAACCCCUCCACAAGUUACUUCAGCUGCUGAGAGGGAUAAGCUGUCUUUGCAUGAUUCUCUGCUGGUGGCUGGGGGUGAUUUGCUGUUAGAGCCCAGCCUUGUUCAGUAUUCUGAUAUGCUGUCGUAUCAGGCCACUACUCACGCUGCCUCGGACGCGUUGGAAUCUGGUAGUGAAUCUGCUGUCCUUUAUAAAACGCCCAUGGUUUCUCAAGUUGAGUCUCCCAGCAGUGAUGUCAUUAUGCAUGCCUAUUCUUCGGGGCCUGAACCUUCUCAUGCCUUCAAGGGGUCCCGCCACGUGCUCAGUGUUUCUUACAGUUCUGUAAUACCUGUGCAUGAUUCUGUCGAUGUAUCUGACCAGGGGCCCCUCCUUAUCACUCCUAGCCAUAUAUCAGUGCCUGGGUCCUCAUUUAUUACUCCAACUGCAUCGUUGCUGCAGCCUCCUCCUGCCCUCUCUGGCGAUGGAGAGUGGUCGGGAGCCUCCUCUGAUAAUGAAUUGCUUUUACCUGACACAGAUGGGCUGAGAACUCUUAACGUUUCUUCGCCUGUCUCUGUGGCUGAAUUUACAUAUACGACAUCUGUGUUUGGUGGUGACGAUAUUAAGCCGCUUUCUAAAAGUGAAAUAAUGCAUGGAAAUGAGACUGAACUGAAAAUGUCUUCUUUCAGUGAGAUGGCAUACCCUUCUAAAAGCACAUUCGUGCCAAAGAUGUCUGAUGUGGUAAAUAAGUGGAGUGCGUCUUUACAAGAAACCUCUGUUUCUAUUUCUAGCAUAAAGGGCAUGCUCCCCGAGUCUCUUGCUAACCCCAUCACUAAGGUUUUUGAUCAUGAGAGUAGUCAAGUUUCAGAAAUUAGCUCCUCAGUUCAACCUACACACUCUGUAUCUCAAGCAUUUGGUGACACUUGGCUUACCCCUGGGCCUAGCACAAAUGCAGAGCCAGCAUUGUCUGCUCCUGCUCCUAGUCAAGUAUUACACCCUUCAACACAGCCCUGGCCCUAUGCGGCCACAUCUUCUUUUAAUACUGAAGCACUGCCGCAACCUUCCUUUCAGGCUUCUGAUGUUGACAUCUUGCUUAAAACUGCUCUUCCAUCUGUGCCUAGUGAUCCAGUGUUGGCUGAAACCCCCAAGGUUGAACAAAGUAGCUCUUCCACAUUGCAACCCAUGGCAUCAGAGUCUGCUUCAAGUGAAAGCACGCUGCGCUUUACGUCUGUGCCAGUUCUCGAGGCAUCACCUGCUAAUGCGCGCUCCACUUCACUUCAAGGUUUAACGGUUCCUCACACAAGUGAGAAACAUUUUGAACAAGGUUUGCUUAAAAGCGAAAGUCCCCAGAAAGUGCUGCCGUCUUUAUACAGUAAUGAUGAGUUGUUCCAAACUGCACAUCUGGACACUAGCAAGGCCUAUCCUCCGAAAGCCAGGCAAGCGUUUGCUACUCCCAUUGUAGCAAUUGAUGAACCACUAAAUACACUUACAGACAAGCUUGUGUAUUCUGAGGAAAUUGUCAUGCUCACUGAAAGUUCUAUUACAGACAAGGUACUUGCUGGUACCCUCACGGCUGUUUCUGAUGUUCUUGUAGCUACUGACCAUUCCAUCCCAUUAGGAAGUGGGCCUGUUUCCAUUACAACUCUUUCUCCCAACAGAGAUGAUUCUGUGACCACAGCCGAGUUGGUUCUUCCUUCUCAAGCUACUUCUAAGCUGGCUCAUAGUGCCCGAGCUGAUGCUGAAUUAGUGGGAGGUAGUGAAGACGGUGAUGAUUAUGGUGAUGAUGACUAUGAUGACGUAGAUAGCGAUCACUUUCCCCUGAAUAAGUGUAUGUCAUGUGCACCCUAUAGAGAAUCACAGGAAAAGGUAACGGAUGACUCAGACACCCAGGAAAACAGCCUUGUGGAUCAGAGGGACCCAAUUUCACAUUUGCUACCUGAGAGUGCAGAAGGAGAGAAUGGAGACACAGGUGUAACUAGCACGGACAAAAGUCCUGAUAAAUCACCACCAACACUUACGCCUCCCCAGAAACACAAUGAUGGAAAGGAGGACAGUGACGUCCUGCUGGGCAGUGCUGUCCUGCCUCUCACCCCAGAAUCUAAAGCAUGGGCAGUUUUGACAAGUGAUGAAGAGAGUGGGUCAGGGCAAGGCACCUCAGAGAGCCUUAACGAUAAUGAGACUUCCACAGAUUUCAGUUUCCCAGAUGCUGAUGGUGCCCUGGAAGCAGAUGACACAGGCAUAGCUCCUGGAUCUCCACGGCCCUCCGUGCCAUCUGUUACCAGUGGGCACUCAGGAGCAUCCAACAGUUCAGAGGCAGAGGCCAGUAAUAGUAGCCAUGAGUCUCGUAUUGGUCUAGCUGAGGGGUUGGAAUCUGAGAAGAAGGCGGUUGUACCCCUUGUGAUCGUGUCUGCCCUGACUUUUAUGUGUCUAGUGGUUCUUGUUGGUAUUCUCAUCUAUUGGAGAAAAUGCUUCCAGACUGCUCACUUUUAUUUAGAAGACAAUACAUCCCCCCGAGUGAUAUCGACACCACCAACACCCAUCUUUCCAAUUUCAGAUGAUAUUGGAGCAAUUCCAAUAAAGCAUUUUCCAAAGCAUGUUGCAGACUUACAUGCAAGUAAUGGGUUCAGUGAAGAAUUUGAGACACUGAAAGAGUUUUACCAGGAAGUUCAGAGCUGUACUGUUGACUUAGGUAUUACAGCAGACAGCUCCAAUCACCCAGACAACAAGCACAAGAACAGAUACGUCAAUAUUGUCGCUUAUGAUCAUAGCAGGGUUAAGCUCGCACAACUUGCUGAAAAAGAUGGAAAGCUGACUGAUUACAUCAAUGCCAAUUAUGUCGACGGCUACAACAGACCGAAGGCUUACAUUGCUGCCCAGGGGCCACUGAAGUCCACAGCCGAAGACUUCUGGAGAAUGAUAUGGGAGCACAAUGUGGAAGUCAUCGUUAUGAUAACAAACCUCGUGGAGAAAGGAAGAAGAAAAUGUGACCAGUACUGGCCUACUGAUGGUAGUGAAGAAUAUGGAAGCUUCCUAGUCAACCAAAAGAAUGUUCAGGUGCUUGCUUAUUAUACUGUGAGGAAUUUCACCCUAAGAAACACAAAGAUAAAGAAGGGCUCCCAGAAGGGAAGAUCCAGUGGACGCCUAGUCACACAGUACCAUUACACUCAGUGGCCUGACAUGGGGGUUCCGGAGUACUCACUGCCAGUGCUGACCUUCGUGAGAAAGGCUGCCCAGGCCAAGCGCCAUGCUGUGGGGCCAGUGGUCGUCCACUGCAGUGCUGGAGUUGGGAGAACGGGAACCUACAUUGUGCUGGACAGUAUGCUGCAACAGAUUCAACACGAAGGAACCGUCAACAUAUUUGGCUUCUUGAAACACAUCCGUUCACAAAGAAAUUAUUUGGUGCAAACGGAGGAGCAGUACGUCUUUAUUCACGAUACACUGGUUGAGGCCAUUCUCAGCAAAGAAACUGAGGUGCCAGACAGCCACAUCCAUUCCUAUGUUAACACGCUCCUCAUACCUGGACCAACAGGCAAGACAAAACUAGAGAAACAAUUCCAGCUUCUGGGUCAGUCGAAUAUUCUUCAGAGUGACUAUUCUACAGCCCUGAAGCAAUGUAACAGAGAGAAGAAUAGAACGUCCUCCAUCAUCCCUGUGGAAAGAUCAAGGGUGGGCAUUUCAUCCCUGAGUGGGGAAGGCACGGACUACAUCAAUGCAUCCUAUAUCAUGGGUUAUUACCAGAGCCAUGAAUUCAUCAUCACCCAGCAUCCUCUUCUGCACACUAUCAAGGACUUCUGGAGAAUGAUAUGGGAUCACAAUGCCCAGCUGGUGGUUAUGAUUCCAGAUGGUCAGAACAUGGCAGAAGAUGAAUUCGUUUACUGGCCAAACAAGGAUGAGCCCAUAAAUUGUGAAAGCUUCAAAGUCACUCUUAUGUCUGAAGAGCACAAAUGUCUAUCAAAUGAGGAAAAGCUGAUAGUUCAAGACUUCAUCCUCGAAGCCACACAGGAUGAUUAUGUGCUGGAAGUGAGGCAUUUUCAGUGCCCCAAAUGGCCAAAUCCGGAUAGUCCCAUUAGUAAAACAUUCGAACUUAUAAGUAUUAUCAAAGAAGAAGCUGCUAACAGGGAUGGGCCCAUGAUUGUUCACGAUGAGCAUGGAGGAGUAACAGCAGGAACUUUCUGUGCUCUGACAACACUUAUGCACCAACUAGAAAGAGAAAACUCCAUGGAUGUUUACCAAGUAGCCAAGAUGAUCAAUUUGAUGAGGCCAGGAGUCUUCACUGACAUUGACCAGUACCAGUUUCUCUACAAAGUGGUCCUCAGCCUUGUCAGCACCAGGCAGGAAGAGAAUCCGUCCACCUCUCUGGACAGCAAUGGGGCAGCUUUGCCUGACGGAAAUAUAGCUGAAAGCCUGGAGUCUUUAGUUUAACAAAGAAAAGGGGAAGGACAACUCCCAUCCAAGCAUUGCUCUCCUCUUUCCAAAAUUAGAAAAAUGGGUUCGGUUCUGUUAUCUGUUUACUUCCCAUGACCUGAUGGUAAUUCAUUCUGCUGCCAAAUUGACACCAUUAACAACGUGUGCCUUUUUGAAAGACUUCUUGUAAUUCACUCAUUAUGUUUGAACUAAAAUGAUUGAAUUUUACAGUGUUUCUAAGAAUUGAAUUGUGGUAUUUUCUCCAUGUUGAUUUUAACAACAACAACAACAACAAAUCGAUUUAUAGAUAAUAGGAAUCACCAACCUUGAAAGAUGUUUGUUUUUAAGUGUCAAAUUAUUAGCUGUAUUUGUGGCAAUCAUCGGGUUUGCUAGAAAUAUAACUUUUAAUAUAGUAGACUGUAAGUAAACUACUCUAUCCCCGAUGCAGUGUUCACCUGAAGUAGGACUGAUAGCAACUUAUGUAAAUACGACUCUGGUGUCUCCAUGGACCAAAUUUAUAUUUAUAAUUGUAGAUUUUUAUAUUUUACUACUGCGUGAGUUUUCUAGUGGUGUACUUGAGUUUAAUGAUGUAGCUUAUUCUCUGGUCAUACUUACUCUACGUGUCUUCUAAAACUGUAUUGUGUUAUCUAAGAAACUAACCCUGUUUCUGCAUGUCAUUUUAACUUUUGUGGAAAAUAGAAAACCACUUGUUUUAAAAAGAUGUUUUUAUGAGAAUAAUACUUUACCAGACAUUCCUUAAAUGGUUUUUAUCUGAGAAGUUGCAAAAAUAAAUAUAAAUAUUGCCAUUAACUUGUGUUCACUUAUGGAAAGUGGUGGGAACUGAUCUCUAGUAGAAAAUUGUGACCAUGGGUUCCACUGAGAAAUAGACAAAAAGCCCAAAGAAAUGGGACAGACCAUCAAGCUCUGGUUCCCAAACUGUUUUUCCUGUGAUACACAGGAGUCUCACAAAAUUUUAUGGUUUUGAGCUCAACACAGCAGCUGGUGCUGGCCCUACGAAAUGUAGCAAUAAACUAUUGGGACCCACUUACUUAAGAAGUGGAACCAUUAUGU